GACCACAUUUCAAUCCUGCUGGUUAAGUGCAUGGUCAUUCAGAGGAUGAGAAUCGUCAUGCUGGUUAUCUUUGCAAUGCUACAGUCAGUGAAGAUGAUUCCACUCUCUAGGGUUGUAGUUGUCCAUGGUGACCCUGAUGAUCUAGGAAAGGGUGAGCAUCAAUUUUUCAAUCACUAUAUUGCUUUUAUAGUGGCUUCAAAUGUAAACCAUUUACCUUACAACAAGGCUAGCUAG